AAAAAAAAUGGUUAUGACCCGUAACCCAGCCUCUUCCUGUUGAGCUGGGAAAGCUGAAAAAUCGUUCAAAAGGGAAGAUCGAGCUCGACAAAAAUGUUUUGACCCGUUAUCCAACUGUUCAAACCGAGCUCGACGCCGAUUCUCCCCUUUACGGCCCCGCCGGCGAAUCUAGAAUUCGCGUGCUCGGACAAAAUUAAUUGUUGAUAAUCUCUCCGGAAAACAAAAGAGAGAAACUAGAUAGGAAAGUAAACAAUUCGGUUUAAAAUCCCAACGUUGCUGCGCCGUGGGCCUUUGGGAGGUCGCCAUCGCAUCCACCUCCGGCGUGGCCAACCGGGGUAGACUGGAGGUUGAGUGGCGUAUUGGUAUUCAGUCACUCUCAAUCUGAAAAACUUUAGCACAAUUUCAUUUUUUUUUUUAAUAUUAUACUUCCAUUGCUAUUAUAUGAGCUAUAUCACACUCUGUAAUAGUUUAUGCAUUUCUUGGGCACUAGUGAAUUUUUGACUCAGAGGGCGAGUUCCCUGAUCCAAUUUUCCUGCUUAAUGACCAUGUUACAUCAAGCAAAGAAAGUGGGGCUUCCAUUGAUGAAUCUUGUUAGAUUCAAAGGAGUACCCAUUUUGGAGCAACUUCAUUUGGAGGAAAAGCUGCUUCGUGCCUCUUCGGAUAAUUGGUGUAUUGUUAAUGACGGAACAAAUGCCCCUGCCAUAGUCAUGGGAAUUUCCGGGAAGCCUUCUGAACUUCUUGAGAUUGGACCUGUGUUGCAAGAUCAUAUUCCUGUAAUCAAAAGAUUUACUGGUGGUGGUACCGUUAUUGUUGAUUGUGGGACUAUUUUUGUCACUCUCAUAUGCAACAAUGAAGAUGUUCCUGGAGUGCAACCAUAUCCUCGUUCUAUCAUGUCUUGGAGUGGUCUGUUGUAUAGUCAAGUGUUUCAAGGGAUUGGCGAUUUUCAACUUCGUGAGAAUGAUUAUGUAUUCGGUGAUCACAAAUUUGGUGGAAAUUCUCAGUCUAUAACAAAAAGUCGAUGGAUACACCACACUUCCUUUUUAUGGGAUUAUGAGGUUAGGAACAUGGCUUACUUGAAGCUACCUGCUAGGGCUCCUAAGUACAGAUCUGCAAGAAACCACAAUGAAUUUGUUUGUCGAAUGAAGGAAUAUAUGCCAAGAUCAGUUUUCAUAGAGAGAAUCCUGAAGGCUCUUGAAUCCCAUUUCUCAGUGAAACCAAUAAACUUGGAGGCAGUUGAUGGAUCUCACAUGGCAGGAUACGUUCACUUCACCAGGCUUCUUUCAAAGCAGGAACUUGAGGCUGCUAUGACGUCUGUGCUUGAGAGCAGAGCUCUUUGUGGUUGAUCAAAACGAAUUUUCUUUUGUUGGGAAUUGUAGAAGAGCCGUACACUGGGUGUAUGCCAGAUGCUAGUCAUGAUCCAAAUCAUUUAAUUUUAUAUAAACCUAUUAAGUUUUUGCUCAA